GUUUGUGAGUGUAUAUGUUUGUGUUUGAGUGAGUGAGUGUGUGGUGAUGCUGGUUUUGCAUUUAUCCUUAUCUGUGCCCUGUAUUAGACCAUGCACGGCCAUGCUGUCUGCUGUCAUGCUGUCAGCAGUAUGAGCUCUGUGGAGACUGAGCACCUUGCGCAUGGCCAGCUCCCCCUUCCUCCUUCCGCUCUGUGUCACUAGCUCUCUGAGACCGCAUGAUCAACACAGAAUGCCACUGUGAGAGACACACACAAGCCACUCCAUGCCUGUCCUGAACAGAUCUGGGGACUGAAAAUAGGGAAAGUGGAACGUGACAGAGCAGCCAGACUGGCAGAGCUGCCAUGGGAAUCUUUGUGUGUGGGUUUUUAACAGGUGCCUUUUUUCAUGUUAUUCUCCAAUAUCUCCACACAUUAUUAUUCACGUCCUGUAGCCAGCCUGUCUUUGCUAGUGCUCGGAAGCGACGCGUCACGCUCCUCUGGCUCCCCUGGCUGUGCAUGCCAACACAUAGGUUCCAUGCCGUUCGAAAGUUUUCCUUGGCUCUUGUGUGAACUUUCGGAUAACAUUUCACACCUUACCAAAGGGAUUGGAGCGUCUGUCUGCCACUGCUGGAGAUCGUGACGGAGGGCAGUGGGGUGCUCAGUAAUCAGACCAGGUGGCCCUUUGCAUUUGGUCUAGAGUCUGCUCACCUGAGAAUGGAUCGUGCUUGGAUAACUGAUUCUUAUGAGUGUGAUGAAGUGAGCCAUAACACAACUGACAUGGACAGGCUGAAUUGCAACAUUCGUGAACAUGGCCGCCAGACGCAUCAGGUACUACAGAGUACCCCACUGGACCUGAUUGAGACCGGCAAGACCCUCAAAGUCCAAGCAGAGCGCCCUCAUCUGGUCAGUUUGGGAAGUGGACGUCUAAGCACAGCCAUCACACUGUUGCCCUUACCAGAAGGGAAGACUACUCUUGGCCACGGGAACACAGACAUCAACAUCCAGGGUCCGGGAGUGGCAGAACUGCACUGCUACGUUGAGAACCUGGUGGGGGCCAUCACUCUCUUCCCCUGUGGCAAUCUGUGCUCUGUGGACGGUGUCGCAGUCUCAAAGCCCACACGUCUCUCGCAAGGGUGUAUGCUUUGUUUCGGUCAGUCUGCAUUUUUCCGUUUCAACCACCCCGAGGAGGCCCUCAGGAUGAAGAGCAUGCUGCCAGCAGGAGGGAGAGGGCCGGCCAGCACCUACAAAGGCCACUCGGAAACUCAUAGACUGCUAAAUGGGACCGAUCAGCCUGUUCCCCCUGAGAGGGCUCAUCCAGGCCAUGGCACUCUGGUUCGCUCCAUAGAGAAAGACCUCCAGGAUAUCAUGGACUCCCUGUCUAUGAGCGACUCCCAGGCCUCGUCGUCCGAGUGCGGCAAGCUGUCCCACCUCCCCAUCCCCCAGUCCCCACUCUACCCCAUGCUCAAUGGGGCUGGCCCCCAUCUUGUCUCCCCUCCUGUCAGCCCUGGUACCACAUCGGCUGCCUCCAGCUAUGAAAAUGCCACUCCCCCUUUCUCUCCCCUAUCAUCUCCCUCAGGUGUCAGCGGCCUGGGGCCUCGUGCAGACCUCGGUAACCCUCCUGAACCUUACCCCUCGACCAGCUACCACCAUGUGGCCCAUGCCCCAGUUCCCCAGCCACGGCAGUUGUUAUCCCGGAACGGUAGUGGCGGACCAAAGGUUCAGGAAAGUCCCAGGCUUUCCAGGAAGGCCUUGACAGAGACUCCGCUGAACCCCACAGCUAACCGCCAUGUCCAGCAACACGACAUCCAGGCCCGGGGCGGUCUGGAAUGCCUGCGGAUGCGUCUUGGUUCCUCCUCAGGUUUGGCUUCGCCGGCCUCCACAGACAGCGUCAGGCCGAAUGGCGCGAGGCUCUCCAUCUCUUCCCCAGUCUCCUCUAGCCCUAGAUCGAGCACAGGCUCCUCAGUCCAGGAGACCUCUCCAGCAGACUUGGGGAUCCAGUCCACCCAGCCCCAUUCACGCACGCUCUGCCCGCCACACAGCCCUCAGACAGCCCGCCGAGGCCCGGAGUCUGGAGCUCCAACUCGAGAGCGUCCGCCUCCCAGCCCCUCCACUGUGCGACGCGGGCUGCAGGCAGUCCCUGUCCUACCCGGAGCCUUACCUGGUGUGCCCCUGACCACUCAUAGCCAGUCGGGGAAGAGUGUGCCUGAGAGCCCUCGGCUCCACAGACGAAUCAUGCCUGAAGGGGGUGGGACGGGAGCGAGGGGGCUAAGAACCAGAAGCCCUUCCCCAAUGUCUGGCCGUCUGGGGGCCGUCGGAGCAACACUCAGCCCGGCCCUGAGCACCCAGCCCAGGGUCUCCCCCCUCAGCAGUCCCCGUAGCCAGAGGAAGAACUCCAUCCAGCCACGCCCGCGAGAACGCAAGAACAGCAUCUCGGAGAUCAGCGACAACGAAGACGAGCUGCUGGAGUACCAUCGCAGGCAGCGGGAGGAGAGGAUGAGGGAGCAAGAGAUGGAGAGGCUGGAGAGACAGAGACUAGAGACAAUCCUAAGUCUGUGUGCAGAAUAUAACAAGGGGGACCUUCCAGGGGGCCCGGAGAUGGGGAGGGCAGGUCAGUUCCCUGGCAUGGAGGAGGGGCCUGUCCAGCAACCCUGCCCUGACCCUGUGGGUGUGGCAGUCCAGCAGACACACACUCACACACACAGACAGAGAGAGAGCGAUGAGGAGAACAUGAAAGAGGAGUGCAGCAGCACUGAGAGCCAGCACCAGGAGCACGAGGACAGUGCACGUCUGGGCCAGCAGGAGGCCGCGUAUCUGGUGGAGGAGCGGCUCAGAGUUCUGGCUCAUGUGGAUGAGCUGAAGGCCCGUGUCACAGAACUGGAGCAGCAGCUUCAGGACUCCAGGCAGGAGGCUGAGAUGGAGAGGGCCUUGCUCCAGGGGGAGAGGAGGGCAGAGUUAACUCAAGUGGAGGCAGAGUUAGAGAUGAUCAAUCAGCUUCAUGUUAAACUGAGUGACGUGGAAAAAACCAUUCAAAGGGAGAAAGAGAAGGGGAGGGCUAACGUCUCGGCCGAGCGGGACGUCCUGGCCAGGCUGCGGGACGCGUACGGUGAGCUGAGGAACCAGCUUGACAAAUGCCCUGAGUCCCUGAGGGAGCAUGUGCAGGAGCAGCUCGCCAGGAAGGCAGAGGCGCUGGAGUUGGCCUCCAAGCGCUACGAGGACCUGGAGUUCCGGCAGCUGGAGCAUGAGAGCGGCCUGGAGGAAGAGAAGGAGGCACUCAGCCGGCAGCUGCUGCAUGACAAGGCCGAGUACCAGCGCAGCGUGGCCAAGAGGAAGGAGAAAAUGGCUGCGCUUGAGAUCCAGGCCAAUCAGCUUGGUGUGCAGGCAGCUCAGGACUGCGAGAGGAUGGCUAAAGACCGAACCCUAGCCCUGCAGAAUUUGCAUAAGGAGAGGGAGAGGCUGGCUACCCUGGAAAAGAGAUACCACAAUUUGACAGGAGGGAGGAGUUUCCCCAAGUCCUCCUCCACCAUGAAGGAGGAAGUGCUACAUAUUAGCGAAGCUGACGGCGAAGCGUUUCCUCGACAUGCCGCGCCCCCUGCUCCAUGCUCCCAAAGCCCUGCCUUGCUCUCCUGCUCCAUUAGGCCUCAGGAGGAGUACCUCAGACUUUCAGAUGUAUUUAAGAUGUAUGGCAGUGGUUAUGUUCCAGACCCUACUCUCGCCUCUACCCCUUCCACUGUCUGCCUCCCCGUAACACCAGACUCCCCUCGUGAGGAGUAUGUGACAGUUAGCCAAUUAAACCAGAUCUUCGGGAUGCCCAAAGUUGAUCCUUCCCCUCCGUCUCCUGGCAAAUCAUUCCAAGCUCUUGUAGCUGACCCCGCCCUCCCUAGCCAUUCGUCACAGUGCGACUCCACCCAGCCUUCCCCUGUUGAGGCCCAGGCCGAGAGGAGCAGGCCUCUGGCCGCCAGGCUGGAUUUAGAGCGCUGGUACCAGGACAUCAUGGCAGCUGGGGAGCCUGGUCAUGCAUGCCCUCCCCCUCUCCCAGCUAAGUCUCUGUCCACACGCAGACCUGCGCAGAUGUACAAGUGCAAGCAGGGUGGAGGGGUGGACCAGGGUGUUGGCACACCCACACAGCUCGGCACCUCAACACCUGGCAGAAACACACCCACCAAGAGCCUGCCAGACCUGUCAAGCUCGUAUCUGGACACAUACACUCAGAGACCUGCUCUUGAGGGCAAAGGACUCCAAACAUCCGACGAUUCCCGAAUCCGACCCACUGAUCCGAAACCGAGGCUUGAAAUGGAGACCCAGCACCACUGGGGGGCGCUGCAGGGCCCUCACUCCCAGCCCAACAGCCCCUUCUCUUCUCUAGGAGCUCCCAUGGUGCACCACUCUGUCCUGCAUCACCAGGCGCCCCCAGCAGGCAGCCCAGCAUAUGACACCCUAAGUCUGGAGAGCUCCGACAGCGUGGAGACAAGCGUGUCCACCGGCAACAACUCUGCCUGUUCACCCGAAAGCGGCAGUGGUGCCAGCGGCCUGGCUGCUCUCCGACUUGAGGAGAUGGAGAAGAUGUUGAAGGAGGCUCAGCAGGAAAAAGCCCGGCUGCUGGAGAGUCGUGAGCGGGAGGUGCAGGUGCGGAGGCAGCUUCUGGAGGAGGAGAGGAGGAGGCGUGAGGAGGUGGAGCAGAGGCUGCAGGACGAGACUACACACCGGCAGAGGCUGGUGGAAGAGGAGGUCAAGCUGAGGGAGAAACACUGCUCCCAGGCUCGUCCAAUGACGCGCUACUUGCCUAUCCGGAAGGAGGAGUUCGACCUGCGCUCCCAUGUGGAGUCGGCGGGCCACUGCGUGGACACCUGUCCUUACAUCAUCGUCAUGGAGAAGAUGUGCAAAGGCCACCUGGUCAAAAUGGGUGGCAAGGUCAAGUCUUGGAAGAAGCGCUGGUUCGUCUUCGACCGCCUAAAGAGGACCUUCUCCUAUUAUGUCGACAAACAUGAGACCAAGCUGAAGGGGGUCAUCUACUUCCAGGCCAUCGAGGAGGUGUACUAUGACCACCUGCGCAGUGCUACCAAGAGUCCAAAUCCCUCUCUGACCUUCUGUGUGAAGACCCAUGACCGCCUCUAUUUCAUGGUGGCCCCUUCCCCGGAGGCCAUGCGGAUAUGGAUGGACGUCGUUGUAACGGGCGCCGAGGGAUACACCCAGUUCAUGACCUGAGGGGAGGAGUGGCUGGUCGACCGCGGGCAUGAGAGCAGACAGGGAGUCGGUCCCGUGGGAGGGUCGCACAGCCCUUUUCUGGACCUCAGCGAUACCGCAACUGCCCGCACUGACAGAUUUUUGUCAUCUGGAUGAGACUGAAUUUGGACAGAUGCGUAUUGGCUGGAGGGAUAUACUGUUCUGCUAUUGUUGGGCAGAUGUCAAGGUGCUCAAAAAGCUGGUGCAAGAGAAACUAUUAUGUAGCUUGAUCUUUUUAUUAUUCUACCAUUUAUGUAGAAACAAUUACAGGUAUUUCACUAUUAGUUUUGGUCUGUUUGUGGCAACAUUACCAUUAUAUUACUUUGCCUUCAUCAUUUAAAAAGGGGAACUCUGAACACAAGAAAAUAAGGAACAUAUUUUCAUCUGUCAGACAUUUAAAAUCACUGAUGCUUUAUAUUGCCAUUUAAAUUUCAUCCUGACAUUCAUACUUUGCAUUUUGUUUGCAGGUUAUUAACAGUGUAUUUGCAUAUCAUACGCAUCAAACUGCAUUAACCUAUAAAACUUGUGAAUUUAAGGAGCCCGUACUUUGACAGCAAGCUGCAGUGGUUCAUUGUAAUGCAGUAAACCUGCGAAUGUCAGUUACCAGUUUGUACUGGCAUAACAAAAUAAAUACAGUGAGAACAAAAAGUACUGCUAGUGAUUUCUACAUUUCUGCGUAUAUUCCUGAGUAUUUAGGUCAUGAGAUACUGAAAAACUGCAGCUCUUCUAUGUUUGUUGUCUAAGUAUUGAUUUUUGGUCAUAUGUUGACACACUGUAUGUUAUGUAUGUUGUCUUUUGUUUUUUUUUAUUAUUAUUUUCAAUACAGUGUUUUAUAUCUAGAAAUGAGAAGCAGUAUGCUUGCUGUUGCAUUUGUACUUAUUGUGGAUACAAAAUAUGUUUAGUGGGGACCAGUUUUUUGUUUUCUUUUUUUUGUUCAUAAUUAUUAUUUGGAGGUUUUUUUGUAACAGUUUUUGCUCAUGAGUGUCAUUACAGCAAAAGACUUGCCAAAGGUUGACUUACAAUGUCCAACAACUCAUUCUGUCAACAAAUGAGUGUAUACAGCGAUGUGAUAAAUGUCAGUGUGUGGCUGUUGUGAUUGUGGAAAUGGCCACAUGUGCCUUACCAACUGCUAUUUUCAGUUCAGGGUUUUGAAAAAACUAUAGUUCUCUACAGUUGAGUUAUAGGCUAAUGCUUUAUUACUUAUUCACUCUCAAGGCAUAUGAAAUAUAUUUAAAUAUAAUAUAUAAUUUGAUGAAAAAUAAAUGUAUGUGCUUCUUGAUAACUCAAUGUAAUUUCACUAGCAAUAUGUUUCUAUAACAGCUUCAUUCAAUUCGACCAAAGCAAUAUACUAACAAAAAUUCCAGUGUGUACACAUAGGUCAAAUAGAGCUAUAUUUACACUCAUAAACUGUAAUUACAAUUGUGUAUACAUCAGGCCCAAAUAAAACACAUAACAAAACA